AUGAAUACCAUCCCGGAUCACCCAUCUCUAGCCCGGAUUCCCCCAGGGUACAGGACAAAACUGAGCUCCAAAGCAGUUGAUAUUAUUGCGAGAGUACAUGACUGGGUCGAAAAUGAAUGCAUUCCGGCAGACCACAUUGUCAAGGCUCAGCUGGAAAAGAACCGUUGGGCUAUGCCGCCCUAUAUUAAGGAUUUGAGGGAAAAAGCAAAAGCAGCAGGGUUGUUCAACCUCUUCCUACCUAAUCACUUCAAAGAGAGUCCCGGCCUUACGAUCCUCGAAUACUCAUGUUGCUGUGAACUUCUCGGGCGAGUUUACUGGGCUCCAAUGACCCUCAACUGCCACGCUCCAGAGACUGGUAACAUUGAGCUUUUGGCCAAAUACUGCACUGAAGAGCAGAAGAAGAAGUGGAUGCAGCCACUUCUUGAUGGAGAGUGGUCUUCAGCCUACUCAAUGACAGAGCCUGAUGUUGCUGCUUCCGACGCGACAAAUAUUGGAUGUCAGAUAAAACGCGAGGGCAAUGAAUUUGUGAUCAACGGCAGGAAGAUGUAUGGCAAUUGGAUAGCGAAUGAGGACGUCAAGUUCUAUAUCGUCAUGGGUUGUUCUAAUCCGGACAAUCCUGACCCUUGGAAGCGACACUCGAUGGUGAUUGUGCCCAGGGAUACGCCAGGAUUGAAGAAGGUUCGGUAUAUGACAAUCAUGGGGUACGACUGUGCCCCUGAGGGGCAUGGGGAGUAUGUGUAUGAGGACGUGAGGAUCCCUGUGGAGAACGUCAUCUUGGGUGAAGGCAGAGCCUUUGAAAUCGCUCAGGGUCGACUGGGUCCAGGAAGAAUACACCACUGCAUGCGACUGCUUGGGCAGGCUGAGCGUGCAUAUGAACAUGCACUCAUCAGAGCGACGGAUGUGAGAAAGAAACCUCGGGGCAAAUUGAUCGGUGAAUUUGACAGCAAUAUCGAACGGCUUGCCGACAUGCGGAUGGAGAUCGACACACUCCGGCUGGUUGUUUUGAAUGCUGCAGAGACCAUGGACCUAAUAGGUAACGUUGCCGGAAGAUAUGCCAUUGCUCAGGCGAAGAUCAUGGUACCUCUGGGGGUGACGAAGAUCAUUGAUGAAUGCAUGCAAAUGUUUGCUGGCCAGGGUCUUACGCAGCACACAUUCCUUCCAGAAGCGUGGACAUAUGCUAGAUUCGUUCGAAUAGCAGACGGGCCAGACGCUGCCCACAGGCAUCAAGUCGGUCGAGAUCAAUUGAAGACGGCAGCACAAGUCAGACUGAAGCAUCUCGAAUACAGGAAGCGAUAUCGUCAAUUGGCGAAGGAAUGGGGAGUGCCGGCUACAGAACGAUUUGAAUAUGUCGAGCGUAUGGAGAAGUUAUAG